AUGGGGACUAACACAAACGUCGAACUUCUCAAAGCUGAGGUCAAUCAGGACGAGGAGAGCUUCUUUAGCAACCCCGUUCAUGGCAAAUUCACCAAAUACAUUACUAUUGAGCCUGAUUUGUAUUCGGCAGACAUCUGCUUCGAACUGACUUUCCGCACCGUUCUCCCCGAUCUUCCGGAACGACGGGCUCGUGGCGAGGAAUGA